AAGGACGUAAAGACGGAAAUGGGUUGGAAUGCACUUCAUGUUUUGUGCUCAAACAGUUCCAGUCCACACUUAAUCGAGGCAAUUCAAAAAUUGAUCAAACUCGGCAUCGACAAGGACGCAAAGGACAUCAACGGCGGGAAUGCACUUCAUGUUUUGUGCUCAAACAGUUUCAGUCCACACUUAAUCGAGGCAAUUCAAGAGUUAAUCAAACUCGGCAUCGACAAGGACGCAAAGGACAAAGAUGGCUUGAAUGCACUUCAUCUUUUGUGCUCAGACAGUUCCAGUCCACACUUAGUCGAGGCAAUUCAAGAAUUGAUCAAACUCGGCAUCGACAAGGACUCAAAGGACAUCAACGGCGGGAAUGCACUUCAUGUUUUGUGCUCAAACAGUUCCAGUCCCCACUUAAUCGAGGCAAUUCGAGAAUUGAUCAAACUCGGCAUCGACAAGGACGCAAAGGAGAAAGAUGGUUGGAAUGCACUUCAUCUUUUGUGCUCAAAGAGUUCCAGUCCACAC